ACAGCUGGGUGGGCGGUCAAUGAUGGAGAACCGCUGAAGGACGAGCGCCUUCGGUUUUAGGGGGUGUUGGGGUGUGAGGAAAGUCGGACCCUGGUAGGCAGUGUGUUAAGAAAGGUAACCGUGAGCUACCUGGUAUCGUUACCGGUUACCUGCGGCCGGCUGUCUCCCGGUGGGGCGCUCGGAGCCCCGGUCUGCUGUGCAGUUGAGUAUCAUCCCCCCGGCGAGGAGACGCAUUGACCUUGCAGCGAACGUGCUCAAGGAAUCCCUUGAUCAUACUCAAAGUGGGAGCUACAAACCAUCGCCCUGAAAAGAUCCAAGCGUAUCGCCGUUCCCUUUGUCUGCUGUACGCUUCUGGAGUUACACCGCCGAUUGUUGGGGUAAAUAUUCUUCUGUGAAAUCAUGGAUGCAGUUGUACACCUCAUUAAUGAUUCCCUGGAAUUCUAUCGAUGGAGCCUCACCAUUGCAGACAAGCGGGUGGAAAAUUGGACUUUGAUGCAGUCUCCCUUACCUACAUUGGCUGUGAGCAGUCUUUACCUCCUCUUUGUUUGGCUUGGCCCAAAAUGGAUGAAGAACAGGGAGCCUUUUCAGUUACGAUCUAUGCUAAUUUUCUAUAACUUCGGAAUGGUUAUACUAAAUCUCUACAUCUUUAAGGAGCUCUUCUUUGCUGCACGAGCAGCAGGAUACAGUUAUAUCUGUCAGACUGUGGAUUAUACAGAUGAUGUAAAUGAAGUGCGGAUAGCUUCAGCCUUGUGGUGGUAUUAUGUCUCAAAAGGAAUUGAAUACAUGGAUACAGUAUUUUUUAUACUGAGGAAGAAAUUUAACCAGGUCAGCUUCCUACAUGUAUAUCAUCACUUCACAAUGUUUACUCUGUGGUGGAUCGGAAUCAAAUGGGUAGCAGGAGGACAAUCUUUUUUUGGAGCUCAUAUGAAUGCUGUAAUCCAUAUUGUCAUGUAUUUGUACUAUGGACUAGCAGCUUGUGGCCCACAGUUUCAGAAAUAUCUCUGGUGGAAACGAUACUUGACCAUCUUACAAUUGGUGCAGUUUCAUGUAACCAUAGGCCAUACGGCAUACUCCCUGUACAUUGAUUGCCCUUUUCCACGAUGGAUGCACUGGGCAUUGAUCGCUUAUGCCAUUUCUUUCAUCAUCCUCUUCGCCAACUUUUAUUACCAGACCUACAGGGAACCAAAGAGAGAGCACAGCAAAUCUGGAAAAGUGAUUGCAAAUGGCAAUGCUAUGGCUAAUGGUAUAAUCAAAUCAGAAAACAGGCUAGUUGCAGAAAAUGGGAAAAAGAAGAAAAAAGGAAAAGCCAAACAUGACUAAGACAAGGGCAAAGGUUUAAGUAAAAUAGUGUUUUAGAAUGAAAUAGUCCAUGUCAGCAAAACAUGGCUGCAUAAAUUUCCAGCUGGCUAAAUAAAUCUAUUGUACCCUUUA